AUGGCAGCUCAUUGGGAAUUUUAUUUUAGACCGACAACCUCAACCGUUAGCUCUCCAGUGACUGCCGAUAUCAUGGAACAUUUCGAUUCAACGAAUGAGAUCCUCGGAGCCUUUGUCACCACGGUCUUCUUAAUCGGCUACACCUUCGGACCAUCCGUCAUUGCACCUCUCUCGGAAAUUUACGGCAGAGCCAUUCUUUACAAGAUUUGCAUUGUCUUCUUCAUUGUCUUUAAUGUGGCCUGCGCCGUGGCAAAUAGCAUGGGGUCACUGACUGUCUUUCGACUCCUCGCUGGUAUAAUGGGGUCAUGCCCUGUCACUCUCGGCCCGGGCUCCGUAGCCGACAUGAUAUCGGCUAAGGGCAGAGCCAAAGCAAUGUCCGCCUACGUUAUUGGAAUUAUCCUGGGACCUUCCAUUGGACCCAUCUGCGCUGGGUACAUCGCCCCUGCUAAAGGAUGGCGUUGGGCAUUUUGGCUGAUGGCGAUUAUCAUCGGCGCGAUCGCAAUUCCGGUUAUGUUUCUUCAAGAGUCGUAUCCCUACGUGAUCCUGAAGCAGAAAACAGAGAAACUGCGCAAGGAAACCGGUAACCAGGAUCUCCGGUCGGCAUUGGACACUGGAAAGUCACCAGGUCAGCUUUUCGUGUUUUCUAUUUGGCGCCCUAUUAAAAUGCUCAUCUCGCCGAUCAUCUUCUUGCUUUCGCUCUACUGCGCGCUAGUCUACGCCUAUCUUUAUCUAUGCUUCACCACAUUCCCGGAGCUCUUGUCCAAGAAGUAUGGCUUUGUAACCGGUCCCUCAGGCCUAGCGACUUUAGGAUUAGGGGUUGGUUCCAUCAUUGGAUUGUUCAUCUCGGGUGGUACCUCAGAUAAAAUCUCCAAGUACCUUACUGAAAAACAUGGUGGGCCAGCCAAGCCUGAGUAUCGACUCCCCGUUCUCGUCGUUGGUGCCAUCAUCACUCCUAUCGGGCUGUUCCUAUACGGCUGGACUGCACACUUCGGUGCUCACUGGAUUGUCCCGAUCAUCGGUACGGCAUUUAUUGCCGCAGGAAUGGUCAUUGCUUUCAUGGCAACUACCAUGUAUUUAGUUGAUGCCUAUACGGUAUAUUCAGCAUCAGCAACGGCCGCAAAUACCAUGGUACGCUGUCUGAUCGGCGCUUUGAUACCACUCGCUGGUCCGGCCAUGUUUUCAAAGCUUGGCUACGGCUGGGGAAAUUCACUCCUAGGAUUCAUCGCCGUUGCGUUUAUACCUGUGCCUUUCGUAUUCUACCGAUACGGUGAACGCAUUCGCGAGUCUAAGGUCUUCAAGAUUGAGUUCUGA